UUGUGCGCGCUUCCGCUGGCAACUCUGAAGCAAUGUAGCAGCUAACGGCUACUUGAAUACUUUUAUCGAGUACGAUUAAUAAGUUUCUCGUCGUUUUUCCCUUUAAACCCUCGACGUUUUGUUUGCAAUGCUUCGUCCAAAGUAUUUCACGCCGAAGGAAGUGUCUGUUCACAACACGCUUGAUGAUAUAUGGGUGACGUACAUGGGCAAAGUGUACAAUCUGACACCACUUGUGGAAGAACAUAAAGGCGACGUGCUGUUGAAACCUAUUAUAGAGUGUGCAGGAAAGGAUAUCAGUCAUUGGUUUGACCCAAAGACAAAAGACAUUCUUAGGCAUGUUGACCCGUUAACUGGCUGCAUUAAAUACUACACCCCUAGGGGGCGCUUUAUACAUAUACCUCCUCCCUGUCCACGUACUGAUUGGGCCAAUGAUUUUGGGAGACCAUGGUUUAAGGAUAACCGCUACGAGGUUGGUCUGCUGUCAGCCAAAACACGCUGGAUUCGCAUUAUUAACACACUUACCUCCCAAGAGCAAAGACUGGAGGUGUGCUCAGAAGAAACUUUGGAUGAGAUCCUCGAGCGAUACCUGCGCUAUAAUGCCCACGCAGCAAGCUACACCUGGAAACAAAACGGGGUGAACUUGGAUAUGAGCAAGACCCUAUGCGAAAACGGCAUCCCUGAAGAGGAUGAGCUUUAUUGUGGAAGCCCACACUGUGACCUCUAUUCUCCUUCUAUAUGUCUGUAUUUUAAUGAUGAUCUUACCGAAUUUUGACAAUGAGAGAAAGGCUACUGCUGUUAAUGUUAACGGUGAUGGUUUAUAAAUAAUUGAAUAUUUUAUACACUGCAAAAAAAAUGCUGAGGUCUAUAGAUUUGAGCUAAAGGCAUGAACACAACAUCAACUAUUCAUCCAUUCAGUGUUUCAUCGAUUUCUGUCUAUCUUCGUCUUAUUGCCGUUCGCUCAGCCCCAUCCAAUCAAAUGCUGUGCACCAGAAUAAAAAAGAUGAAUGCCAGCCUACAUAAUAAACCCCUGAACCAUAAAGUCUGGUGGUUGCCAUGGUAAUUGCUCAGAGGAAAUGCAGCAGCUAAUGUAGGGAACGGUGGGCUCCCAACCCUAAUUCAGUAGAAUUAUAUGUGUGUAUGUAGUCAUACAACUUAUCUUUUUUAGGUUUUAUUUGCAUGUCUGUUUUGGCAAGCACUUUCAUUUGUCUGUGUACAAUUAACAUGAUCUAAAGAUGAAGGUUAAAUGUUGUCCUGUUCGUGGACUAAAAAACAUCUGAAUUAUUGAUAGAAACAAAGUGCAGUUCUAACAUGACAUGACAUGGAUGCUGGUUUACAUUUCUUUGCAUGGAUACAUUUCUGCAA